ACUCGCCAGUCCCAUUCGUAACACUUUGCCCUCGCACUGAACAGAACUUGAGCAAGUAGAUCUUCGUUGCCUUUUAUCUCGACCUCAAACUAUCACGAUCACGGAUUUCCGCAAGCCACGUACCUCUCGUGCCGAGUGCGCUACGUCAGCUCGACGUCGCGCUCUUUCCAGAUCCCUCCUAUUCUGCAGAAAGGUGUGACUGAAGCUGGUGCUGCUGCUUCUGCUGCUGCUGACGUCACUCCGUGACUGCGCGAUUAGAGCUCGAUCCAAUGGCAGCCGCUGUGCCGUCUGCCGUCCUCUCAUCGAUAUCCGUUGCGACGCCAUCGCAGCUUUCGCAACGCUCGCUAAGCGCUCGGCGAAGAAGCUCGCCCGCGUGUCAAGUCUGCCGGCUAUCGCAGCAUCGCGGGUCCGUCGCAAACCCAAAACCUCUCCCAUCCAGGGGUUUAAAUACAUUCUGGGGUAGAACGCGGGGUUUAAGGGGAUCAUCAGCUGCAUUUGCCGGGGCCGGCAGAAGCAGAGACUCCGCGAGCAGCGGAAAAGGAAUCUCUAAGAUAGACGCGGGCGCUAACACAGAGGAAGAGGAUACUUUUAACGAGGACGACGUCAACGGGGAUGAGGAGGAGAUAGACGAGGAGCUGCUAGCCGCCAUGCUGGCGGAAGAAGAGCUUCUCGCGGCGGAGCUGGAAAAAGGCGGAAGCGGAAGCGGAAGCGGGGAGGUAGGGGGAGCGCGCGCGUGGUCGGACGAGGAAUGGGAUGAGGAGGAGCUAGACGAGCUCUUUGACAAAUACGGGAAGACUCUUAAAGAGGAUACGAGCAGCAGCAGCGGCUCUGCAAGCAACGCGGGGUAUAAGUUGGUACGGGAAGAGGAUUAUAUCGAGGAUGAAGACGAUAGCGGGAGUGAUUUUAACGGGAUUGCUGCCGUCAGCAGCGCGGUUGCCGCGUCACGAGGGGAAGCAGCGGAAGCGCCGUCCGCUCCGCGUUUCCCGCCGGAUUCGGAUGAGGAGAGCGAGGCGUUCGCGGUCGCGCUGGCGGUCGCCGCGAGUGACGCUAAGGGGGGUGACAUAAUCGCGCUGGACGUGCGGCCGCUCGUGUACUGGACGCAGUACUUCGUUAUAGCGACGGCGUUCUCGCGCGCGCAGAUGGACGCCAUAGCGAAGCGCAUGCGCGACGUGGCGGAAUCCCCGCGUUUCGCGCGCGAGCAGAAGGGCGGGGACCGGGGGAGCGGGGGGAGCAGCAGGGGCGGAAGCGCGUGGACGCUAUUGGACUAUGGCGAUGUGGUGGUGCAUCUUUUCACGCCCAAGGAACGCGACUACUACCGCCUGGAAGAGUUCUACGCCAAUGCUGAAGAGUUGCCCCUGCCGUUCCCCCAACAGGAGAGGUACCUGAUGUAGGGGGGAGGGGGAGGGGGAGGGGGGAGAGAAGGAUGGGGCAGGGGGCAGGGGGAGGAUGGUGCCCCUGCCGUUCCCCCAACAGGAGAGGUACCUGAUGUAGGGUGGGGCAUCGUGGGGUGCUGGGACUGGGGUUUCGGGGAGAAGGGCAGGGAAAGAGGAGGAAGACAGUAAGGAAGCAGGGGAAGAUAUUUUCGCUAAUUCGGAGGAGGUGCCCCUGCCGUUCUCCCAACAGGAGAGGUACCUGGCGGAGGAUGGGGCAUGGGAGUUGGAGGCACGGAGCAGGGAAGGAUGGGGCAGGGAGCACGGGAAGCGGAGGAGAGGUGGAGAGGAGGAGAGGUGGAGAGGAGGAGAGGUGGAGAGGAGGAGAGGAGGAGAGGUGGAGAGGUGGAGAGGCGGAGAGGAGGAGAGGUGGAGAGGUGGAGAGGCGGAGAGGAGGAGAGGUGGAGAGGUGGAGAGGCGGAGAGGAGGAGAGGUGGAGAGGUGGAGAGGCGGAGAGGAGGAGAGGUGGAGAGGUGGAGAGGCGGAGAGGAGGAGAGGUGGAGAGGUGGAGAGGCGGAGAGGAGGAGAGGUGGAGAGGUGGAGAGGCGGAGAGGAGGAGAGGUGGAGAGGUGGAGAGGCGGAGAGGAGGAGAGGUGGAGAGGUGGAGAGGCGGAGAGGCGGAGAGGUGGAGAGGUGGAGAGGCGGAGAGGAGGAGAGGUGGAGAGGAGGGGAUAUGGCGAUGUGGUGGUGCAUCUGUUUGCGUCCAAGGGACGCGGAGGAGGUGUCCCUGCUGUUGCGCCAGGGGAGAGGUGCUUGGGGAAAAUUGGGAGACGUUGGGGGCGGGCGGGGAGAAGGGGAUAGGGCGGGGAUAAGGAGAGGGAGAAGGGAUAAGGAGAGGGAGAAGGGAUAAGGAGAGGGAGAAGGGAUAAGGAGAGGGAGAAGGGAAGCGGGGCGUAGGGGGUGAAGGGGAAGGAGGGGAGGAAGGGAGGAGGCAGGGUAAGCGAAGGAGGGGCUACGGGGAUGCGGUGGUGUGUGGGUUGACGCCCAAGGAACACAUUUGGUAUCUGCUGGAGGAAGGUGGGGGGGGGGGAGGAAGGAAAAUAGGGAGGAGGGGAGGAGGAGGUACUGGUAGUGGAGUGAGUGGAGGAAGGGCAAGGCCUACUCUAAGCUCGAGGGGAGAGGGCGACAGGCUACAGAAGGGGGAAUGGACGGGGAGGUCCCUAACAGGGGUGGGUUGGUGUUGAGAGUGAUAAGAGAAAGUGACAUUUUUUAAGGUAUAGGGGUUGAUUUACAUAGAAAUGUAGUUACAGUUUCAGGGUCGGGUUUCUUGCUUGCUUGGCUCUCGGAUUGGAUGAGAUGGUUGGUAGGAGGUGCCUGGUUUCCGCAUUAUAAUGCGUCCUUUUUAUGAUUAAUAAUACUUCGCUUUCAGGAUUAGUGAUGAUGAACUUUUUCAUGGUGAAAUGAC